ACAUUUAUUUUUUCAGGUCUGUUCUCAAACAUCUGGCUGUGGCGAGCUGUCGCUGGAGUCCUUACUGCUGCUGUCAUUUUGAUUUCAUGUAUUCAUUUUGUAAAUCGUUCUCUGGGCAAAGACUCUCCUGCGUGCCCUCCCCUGGACCUGUGUCCAUCAGGCUGGCUGUACUUCCAGAGGAAGUGUUACAACCUCUCAGAGAGUGAAGCUGACUGGAACUCCAGCCAGAGCCACUGCUCUUCCCACAACUCUUCCCUCCUGGUCAUCGAAAAUCUUCAGGAGCUGAACUUUAUGAUGAAGAUAACAAAGCAAAACCCAUGGAUUGGACUCCAUAAAAGAAAUGAAGAGUUCUUUUGGGUAAAUGGAAAAGCAUUAGACAAUGAACUGUUUGAAGUAAAAGGCUCUGGAAGCUGUGCCUAUCUGGAGUCCAAAGGAGUCUCAGCCUCGGGAUGUUAUUUAACCAGGAAGUGGGUGUGUAGCUUGAAUAUCAACUCAGCUCAAUAAAGGUGGGCCAAGCCACCACCUCAGAGUGGUGAGCCUGACACCUCAGAGCUCUGAUAUGAUGCCUACACAGGAUAUGUCUAUACUUUGGGACCUGGGAGUGUGUGUCAGAUCCUACCCAGAGGUGAAUGACUUUUCUGGUAGCCAGAAUUCUCCACCCAUGGAGGAAGGCUUUAAAGAUACCAUUUAAAAGGCUCUCUUCAGCAUCUUGAUUAGUCAUUUCCUUGCCCCAUUUUUCCAGCUACUGCCCAGCUGUAGUUUCCUUUUUGUUGGGCCAUCAAUAUUUCUUCCAUUUAGUCUUCUCUUGUAGGAGCAGCUGUUCUUUCUUUCCCUUUUGGGUGUGCAGUUGGAGGUUUUUGCUCUGCUUUUCCUUUUGCCAGCCUCUGUGCAGGGAUGGGGGAUGGAGUGGGUCUGUCUGGAGGACUGCCAGUGCCUUGUGGCUACAGGGUAAUGCAGAAGUGAACACUGUUGUUUUAGACAGGAUCACAGUAGAUUCCUCUCUCCAUGUUUGAUGGGAUGCACCUUGCAUUGUAUUCCAUGUUUUGUUAAUGUUAUGUUACAUUGAUCUUGUUCAAUCCUGGUGAUAACGCUGUAAAGCUAAUUUAUAGGUUCACUGCACCUGAAGUGAUCCUCACAACACUUUCUUUAGCCAAGAAAAGGUCACAAUAGAUUGUGAAUAUUUAUUUGCAUGAGCAUCUGCACUGAUGGGGGUGGGAGGUGAAGAGUUAGAACUGGAAGAGUGAUAGUGAAGCUGCAGGCAUUAAUGUGUAAAGCAGUGCAAGGAGGCAAAGUCAGGAGAAGUGAAUGAGAGAAUUACCAGCAAGGGUUUCUCUGUGUUUUCCUCAUGCCCUGUGCCUGUCACACUGUGAGGCUUCUGAGCAAUAGAAUAUAUAUGCCAUUUCCAGAUGGAUAGUCAGUGAUUCCUUGUGUAGGGGACAUUUUCAGCAGCAGCCUCCAGUACUCUAGGAUUGCUGGGAGCCUGAACAGAAUUAGGGCACAAUCCCUUUGAUUGUCUGAGUCUCACUCAUGUCUAGCAGGUUAUCUAAAGGUUAAAAGUGUCAUUUGACCCAGAGGAAGAAAAUUUUCCUGGAAGGAAUAUAGCUAUCAAGUUUCUAGAGAAGGAAAAAUGGGAAGUUCACCUUCAUCAUUUUCUGUGACAGAAGGACUUUACUGUAGCACAUGGACCGCACACAUGUUUCAGAUGUUUAUUUAAAUAUAACCACUAAUUUUGCUGGAUUACACUUUUCUUAAUUGCUUGUAUUCUUUAUAGGCACAGUAACAGGACCUCUACAGUAUGAAAACCUAAUUAUCUAUUAAUUUAUAUGUUGGGGGGAGAGUGUUAUUCUGAAAUGUUUCUAAAUUAGCUUGAUUCUGAAGGAUAUGGAAUGUGCAAUAGUCCUGAAAAGAUACUUAAUAAAUGUCUUUACAGAGCCCUUGAA